AUUUUCACGUGCGCACAUUCGAAAGCUCGACUUUUUUUUUCUUCACUUGGUUAGUCAGAGAGCUCCUGUUCUGUCCGAGAGUGAGUUUUUUUUUUGCAAGUGCCAGGAUAGAUUUACUUUUACGUCUACUUGCAAGAAAUUUUAUCGAAGAACUUCUCGUUCUCGGUAGUUUCCCGUCGUUUGCGACACCCGUGGAGCAGCUACUUACUAGCUUUCAACACGACCACCGCUCCAAGUAAAAGCAUUGACAACAACAUCACUUAUGGCGAAUAGCGGGCUGCCGUCAGCCGCGGCGCACCAGCCGUCGGCAUCAAGUAGCAGUGGAAAUAAUCCACAACAGACAGCCGCUUCCUCGUCAACCACCACGGUGACAACCCAGGAGCCCCCUGUCCUGCACCUGCGCUUGCGGCCGCGCACCGUGGUGAACGUGACCUGGGACGAGGACGUGAUCGACAACGAGGGGAUGGGCAAGAAGUCCUCCAAGAAAUGCUGAAUCUACCACAAACCCCGAGAGUUCGGGGAAUCGAGUAGCGAAAGCUCCGGCAGCAGCGACUCAUCUGACUUCGACGCGAGCGGCUAUCAGGGCCGCGGCAGAAGACCGCAACACGCGAAAAAGAAGAAGAAAAAAGACGAUAUGAACAACAAAAACGGGCGAGGCGGCCGGGACAACAGGAGAGAGCAGCCGCCUGCGGGGAGAGGUGGAGACAUGAACGACCGAAACUUCGUUCCGCCCGGACGGGGACCAGAGUUGAGCGCUCCGAUGUUGAACAACGCCUCAGCGUCCUCCAGCAGUGCGGCGCCAGCUGCAAGUACAUCUGCGCAGUCGUCGUCUUCAACGUCCCAACCACCAGCGACCACCAUCUCCAGCAACUAAUUGUCUUUUUUCGCGAUAAGCACUUCUUUCCUGUAGCGAUGUUGUUCUGUGUCCUUCCCAGCGACCACCCUGUUAAAGUACUUUUUGAAAGUGUCUUCUUCUACCCAUGAUUACUGGUCUUUUUACAAAUGCCUGAAUGUUGCCUUCGUGGUUCGAACCCCUAUAGCUUGAUAAAUUUGUUUCUCUAGUCAUUGCGCUGUACCUACGUUAGUACCUCCAGCACGACACGUAAGUACAGGCAACCUAGUGAAACCAGAUAAGUCUUCAGUUAAGAGGUAGUUUCAUCCGGCUGAUUUGUUUUGCCUUUCUCACUAUGAAUGUGGGUGAGAAAGGUGUACAACUAGCUUCUUUUGUGACGCCGCCGAGUUGGAUGCUUUUGCUUUCUGGCAUCGGUGUGCUGAUUUUACUGUUACGUACAUCCUCAUUAGCGGAACUUCAACUUCCUUCUGAAGACACAGCGGCUUUUUCUUUAUUUUCAAACCUAUGAGACGCUCCCACAUGAACAGCUACACCAUUCUUGCAACAUUGAGUGGCUUACCAAAACCUCAAUUCCUUUACGACAAGAGAGAUGCAUUGCGCAUAUACGAAUGCGACGAAAAUCUAGAUGUACCGAGGGGGUCUGUUGCG